CGAAACGUAAACAAAGUGAGAAUCAUAUUGUCGGUUUGUGUUGGUAUGAGUGGUUAAGGUGUGUUGUGUUCGAUCCGAUUUUCUCACUCGUUUGCUAAUCCAAUUCAGAGUAUUGUAGUAUUGAGAUUCUUUUGUUUCAACUAUUACAUUUAAGCUACUAAAAUAACUUCAAAAAAUGUUGAGUGGAUUAGCAAAUUAUUUAUUUGGAGGUGAGAAAUCGGAUGCUGCUGUGAAUUCAGAAUGUAGUUUUGAUUUUAACACAGAGGAGGAGGAUGAUGAAUGGUUGUUGAUUGAUGUAGCUGAAAAAGAGCCAAAGGAAAAGAAACAGAAAGAAAACACAACAGACUUUACAAUGAUUGCUUCACCAUCUAUAUUACCCAAUUCAUUAUCUGUCCUUACAGUUCAUUUACCAGAUCAUAAAGCAUUUCCUAGUCCUCCUAGAAGUCCUUCUCAAAUGGAGGGGAGCUGGUAUGUUACACCACCACCCUGUUUUACAGCAGGUGGACCAAUUCAAGUUGAAAUGUCUCCUUUAGAAAACCUUUUAAUAGAACAUCCAAGUAUGAGUGUUUACACAUCCACUCCACCAACCUCUCUUAGUAGCAAUGCUUUGGUAAAAGAAUUAAAUUGUGAAUUAUUUUCUUCAAAAUCCCAAGAUAAAAUAGAACUAGAAGAAAAACCUAAAGAAAGUAUAUCUGUACAUAUUAUUGUUGAGAAAAAAGAAAAAAUUAAUCAGACUACUAACAGAAAAAUACAUCAUCAGACAGCAGCAUUUUCUAUUGUUCAUACAGAUUUAAUAGAGCAAAUUGCAAACUUAAAAUAUGGACAGAAAGCAAGACAUUAUAUAGAACAGAAAUCCCUUCAUCAGUCUAAGUUGGAUCGGCAGAAUCGUACAAAUCAUUAUCAUCAUAGUAAUAAGAAUCUCCGUAGAAAAGAUCACUGGCGUCAUCACUCAGGGGCAAACAAUAAUCGAAAAUGCUAAUGCCAAUCCAGUUUAUCUUCCCCAACAUAAAAAAUUAAUAUCUAAAAAAAAA